UCUCUACUAAGCAUAGAAAGGAGUUCACCAGUGAUAAGCUGGAUCGAUACACCGCUUUCUAAGAUCCUAUAUAGUGAUAAAUUGGGGUCCGAACGGUUGUCCCAAUGUGACCAGCUUAUUAAGCUUUCAGUCCUUCUCCCGACUGGCGGACGCAAAUGCGCGGCCUGGUCAGAGGAAAUCGAAAAUGAAACUAGGUAA